UUCGUGGGAUGCUUCAAGCUCUUUACCAGAAGGUUAAUAAUCUAGAAGAUGGACAAUCUAGCCUCAAAGAAGAUAUGAUUCAAGGACAAAAUAGCAUCGCUGAACGUUUAUCUAUGUUGGAAGGACGAUUCGACACUUUUUCUAUCAGUUUUCAUGCCCUUAACGGUGAACAAUUAUCACGCAUCAGAAACGUUGAAACCAAAACUAACGAAACAAGGACCUCAGCACAGAGAUCUGAAAACAUUAUCAACAGAGAGUCUUAUAAGGAUACAAAGCCGAUUCCAUUUAUUAAUGGACAAGAACCUCCUUCUAAUCUGCCUGAGUUAAAAACUAUUUCCGAUGUUGAUAACUUGAAUCCAAGCCAGUUGAAAACAUAUCUGGAGGGAUAUGGCUGUAAGUAUGUUGAGAAUGAGCCUCAAACGUCUCUCAAAAGAAAAGUUUCAGAUGUGGCUGGAUUUAUCAAAUGUCCUCAUGAUAAUCUUUACGAGUUUUCAACCCUCCAGGACAUAGGAAAUCAAAGUAGUACACCAAAUCGAAUACUCAGAUCUCGUCAUAAUUGAUGGAUGCAUUGACCUAAAUUGAAAGCUUUUUCGUUUCAUUUUUACUCUGAAGUUAUCUGAGAUCCUUGGACUGUGCAUUACAAUAAGCAGAGUGCCGUGGUCGAUGUGAAGGCUCAGAGAUUUCAACUGUUCUAUUUUAAUUUUUAUUUAUUUAUUCGCCUUAAUAUUAUUUCAUUAUGGUCUAAAAAAAAAAGACCAUUAACGCUUGAAUUAAAGAAAUACUUUGUCUAAUUUCCCCAGUUCUCUCGAAAUUGAGCAUUAUGUUUAUCAUUGUUGAUUUAUAAGUGCAACCUAUACAAAACGUUACAAUUAUUGGAUAAAGUAGAUAAAGUAGCUGAAUUCAUCGUUGCAAAACAGCUGUUAUUUUGGUCCUUUUCUCUGCGAAAAAUGAAGAAAUUGGUCUUCAAAAACAAAAAGCAAUGAAUAACAAAGAAAAAUUCUUGUAACAAAAUUAUUCUGGAUGAAAAUAAUAUAUUAAAUGAAUGUGUAGUACCAAGGAUAUUCGUGUAUAUUCAAAAUCUU